AUGUUAUUUUUGGGUGGGGUUGUUUUUUUGUUUUGUUGUGGGGUGGGGUUGUUUGUUUUGGUUUUUUGGGGUUUUGGGUUUGGUUGUUUUGGGGUUGGAUUUUAUUGUGGUGUGUUGGUUUGGUGUUUAGGGGUGUUUGUGGGUUUGUGUUUUUUUGUGGGGUUUGGUUUUGGUUUUGUUGGGGGUUGUUUUGUGGAGGGGGUUGGGGUUGGGGUGGGUGGUUGUUUUUGUUUUUUUUGGGGUGUGGUGGAAUGUGAUGGUGUGGUGGGUGGUAUUUGGUUUGGUUUUUUGUUGUGGUUGGGGGGGGGGUGGUUUUGUGUGUUGUGGGGUGGGGGUUGUUUGGUGGGUGGGGGGGGUUAUUGGAUGUUUUUUGGGGAAUAG